UCCGCUCCAGCAAUGGCAAGUCUUAGCAUGUACUGUAGACUAAACCCAUAUUCACCAAAACGACUAACCAAACACACCACAUCAAGGUAUCAUCAUCCCUCUUCUUCAUCAUCUUUCUCCAUCUCUCCUUCUUCACUCCCUAAAUCCCGAUUCAUCAAAAUCUCAUCAAUGGCCGCUCAAUCAGUUCCUUCUGAGAAACCCCUUAACUCAGUGAUUGUUGAGCAACAAAGAGUUAAUGUAAAGAAUAAUUACGGUGAAAAUCUUGUUGGUAUCUUACACGAAACGGGUUCAACAAAAAUUGUAAUCUUGUGCCAUGGAUUUCAAUCAAGUAAGGAUUCUCGGAUUAACCGGAAUUUGGCUGAGGUUUUAACAAAACAAGGGAUUAGUGCGUUCCGGUUCGAUUUUUCUGGGAAUGGGGAAAGUGAAGGUACAUUUCAGUAUGGAAAUUACAUUAAGGAGGCUGAUGAUUUGCAUUCUGUAGUCAUGCACUUUGUUGGGUUGAAACGUGUCGUAGGUGCAAUUGUUGGGCAUAGUAAAGGAGGAGAUGUGGUGCUUGUAUAUGCUUCAAAGUAUCAUGAUGUACCUAUAGUUGUAAAUCUUUCCGGACGCUACAAUAUGGAGAGAGGUAUUGCAGAACGCUUGGGUAAAGAUUAUAUGGAAAGAAUUGAGAAAGAUGGAUUCAUUGAUGUAAAAGACAAAGAAGGAAAUGUCCAGUACCGCGUGACGAAAGAGAGUUUGCUGGAACGCCUUGCUACAAAAAUGGAUGCAUUAUGCCUUUUGUUUGGAAAGGAUUGCAGGGUGAUGACAGUUCAUGGUUCUGUGGAUGAAAUUAUACCAGUUGAAGAUGCGUUUGAAUUUGACAAAGUCAUAGCCAAUCACAAAUUACACAUAGUGGAAGGGGGUGAUCAUUGUUACACUAAACAUCCAACUGAAUUGGCAGAGGUAGUGGUGGACUAUAUAAAUGAAUCUUUCCAGGCGAGCACCAUCACUCUUCAUUAGGUACUGCUGUUGCCCAAGGGCUUGUUUACCGAAGUAGCCUACAUUGUAUGAUGUGAUCAUUCUUCGUGGUGAAAUUCAUAAACCACAGCCUAUUGCGUUACGAGCGAACUAGCGAUUUACAUCAUAUUGCGUUUGGAUCUUUCAUGUGUGCUUUAUGAAUACAUUAAUGUUAAAAGUAUAUGUUACAUUUCUG